AGUAUAUCACCUCGGAGUGUGUCUGGCUCAAGAGAAAUAUCACCUUAUGUAUUAAAUGAUGCUGCCGUCCAACCAUCAAUACCUAUAUCUAGAACAAAUGGUCCCCCACAGCCGGGCCAGCAGUUUAAGUUCACGGUCGGCGAGUCGUGUGACCGGAUCAAGGAGGAGUUUCAGUUUUUACAAGCACAGUACCACAACCUCAAGCUCGAGUGCGAGAAACUGGCCAGUGAAAAGAUAGAGAUUCAGAGGCACUAUGUGAUGUAUUACGAGAUGUCAUACGGCCUCAACGUAGAAAUGCAUAAACAGACGGAGAUCGCCAAAAGACUCAACGCCAUCAUCGCCCAGAUUCUUCCCUUUUUAUCGCAAGAGCACCAACAACAAGUAGCGACGGCCGUAGAGAGGGCAAAGCAAGUAACGAUGCCUGAACUCAACGCCAUUAUCGGGGUAAGUCAACAGAUGCACGCGUCCAUGCCGCACGCCGCGCACCCGCCGCCUUUCCCCAGCCACCCGGGCCUGCCGGGGCUGCCUGGUCUGCCCGGGCUGUCGCACCCGCUGUCCAUGCUGCAGGCCACCAAGCCCGAGCACCGCGACCAGGACGCCAAGCCGCCACCAGCGUAAUUCCAUUUCACCUGCCGAGCGUGAAAAGUACAGACCGAGAAGUCCUGUGGAACCAGAGCACAAAAAGAUGAAGAAAGAAGAGAAGGAUGGCCAUGCUAGUGAUGGCGAGAAAAGUGACCAGGAUUUGGUGGUUGACGACGCGAGCGAGGUGAAUCACAAAGACCCUAUCUCACCUCAAAAUGGCACAUCAUCACCUCGUGAAAAUGGCAUUGAUAAACUAGCCCCAAAGAAGGAACAUGUUGGACCACACAGUCCUCGCAGUGGCACUUCCUCAAAUGCCAGCACACCAUCCACAAAGAAAAUGGAUGAGAAACCAACAACUCCUAUCUCAAAGUCAGUGACUCCUACCAAUGCAGGUAGUGCAAACAACACUGCUGCAGGUGCACUGAAACCAUUGAAGCCUCAAUCUGCACUUGGUCAAUAUCCUUAUUUGGGUGGUGCUGGGCCCCAUGAACUUCCGGGUGCUGGAGGUCCUUACGGACUUCACAAUAAUUUGCCACCAGGCCUUAAUAGUUAUCCUCGGCCACCUCUUGUUGGUUAUGAUCCACAUGGUCAAAUGAGAGCGCCACUGGGACCUGGUUUAGGAGGAAUACCUGGAGGAAAACCAGCGUAUUCCUUUCAUGUAAGUGCUGAUGGUCAGAUGCAACCAGUUCCAUUCCCGCCUGAUGCUUUGAUUGGACCUGGCAUUCCCCGACAUGCAAGACAGAUAAACACACUUACCCAUGGGGAAGUUGUGUGUGCUGUCACUAUUUCUAAUCCUACCAAAUAUGUGUACACUGGUGGCAAGGGGUGUGUCAAGGUUUGGGACAUCAGUCAACCCGGCUCCAAAUCAGCAGUAUCUCAAUUAGAUUGUUUGCAAAGGGAUAACUAUAUCAGAUCGGUGAAACUGCUACCAGAUGGAAGAACUUUGAUUGUUGGAGGUGAAGCUAGUAAUCUCAGCAUUUGGGACCUUGCAUCUCCUACACCAAGAAUUAAGGCUGAACUUACCUCAAGCGCACCUGCUUGUUAUGCAUUAGCAAUUAGUCCUGACUCCAAGGUUUGCUUUAGUUGUUGCUCAGAUGGUAAUAUUGCUGUGUGGGAUCUACAUAACCAAUCCCUUGUUCGCCAAUUCCAAGGCCACACAGAUGGUGCAUCAUGUAUUGAUAUAUCAGCUGAUGGGACGAAAUUGUGGACUGGUGGUCUAGACAACACAGUUAGGUCAUGGGACUUGAGGGAGGGGCGUCAAUUACAGCAACAUGACUUCUCCUCUCAGAUCUUUUCAUUAGGGUACUGUCCCACUGGAGAGUGGUUGGCUGUGGGUAUGGAAAACUCAAAUGUAGAGGUUUUGCAUGCAGCCAAGCCUGACAAGUAUCAGUUACAUCUUCAUGAGUCAUGUGUUUUGUCUCUUCGGUUCGCGGCUUGUGGGAAGUGGUUUGUUUCCACUGGCAAGGAUAAUCUGCUCAAUGCAUGGAGAACACCUUAUGGUGCAUCAAUUUUCCAGUCAAAAGAAUCUUCAUCAGUACUGAGUUGUGACAUAUCAGCUGAUGAUAAGUACAUUGUUACUGGGUCAGGUGACAAGAAAGCAACAGUGUAUGAAGUCAUCUACUGAUUUCUUUUAGUUUAAGUAUCAUAAUUGACCCAUUUGGGAGAAGUGAGCUAAAACUUCUUGAUGAGCUCUCUAUGUUAUUCAACACUUGGAUUUAACAAGAGAGUAAAUGAAACAGCUAAAGCAAGCAUACCAUGGCGUAAAUUAUCUGACAAAUGGUGUAUCUUAGAUUUUCCAGGUGUUGACCUGUUCUGUGAUAUCUCAGUGAGUGUGUGUACGUAUGUGUAAGCAUAAAUGUGUUAUUAUGAGUAAUUUAUGUGCUUGUGCCUUGAGCAGUUACACUUGACUUUCAGUUAUGCUUUUCUGCUACGCACUUUGCUCAUGACCAAUUGUUCUCUGUUAGCCUCAUUAGGAGAGCAAAUUGUUAAUACUUGUACAGUAAUUAAACAAUCUAAGAAUUUUUAGACGUCAGAACUAUGUUAUUGUCUGUACAGUUUGGCUUCUUAUGAUUUUCAUUGUUACUUCUCUUAAAUAAUUUUAUUUGUGUCACAAAAGAAGUAUUUGACAUGUAUAUGAAAUGUUGACAGGCAGAUGGAAUCAACACUUCAACAAAGUGUUCAUCAGUUGAAACACUUUUUUUUUUUUUCCAUUUUGCUCUAGUUUGUUCUCUUAAUGUUCUGUUCCAGUGUUUUUUUUUCUUUUUUAAGAGUACCUAUAUGGUAACAAAAUUGCAUCUUAGAUAAAGGGAGUUUUGUUAUUCUAUUUUUUUUCUUUCUUAAGACUUCAUUUUGCUCACAUGAAUGCAAGAAUUACUUUUUACAAAAGACUGGUACAGUACUCUCAUGUAUUUUUAUACAAAUCGGAACAGAUAUCCUCAUUUGCCAACUUGUCAUUGUAGUUCACAGUCCAACAUUUUCUAGUAAAAAACAUCUUCUGCUCAGUUACAGAUCUUAUCUCAAA